CCUGCCGCUGAGAGACUGCUUCAGGUCUUGCCCCGCCGUGUGUGUGGCGGUCAUUCACCGGCUUUGCGUCGGCCAGCAUCGCCUAAGUGAUCUAAUCAUUAUAUGUCUGCGAUUGUUAUCGUUCUAAUCCCUUCCAACUCGACAAUGCCAUAUUGAAUGCAUACAAUACAAUCUAUAUUAGUUUGUCGCCGGCCGUCAAUCAGUAAAUAUGACUAUCCGCUGGGGCAUCGUAAGCGCGGCGAAGAUCGCCAACGACUUCGUCAACGCAAUGAACAGCUUCCCCGGCAAGGGCGACCAAGCUGUCGUAGCCAUCGCGGCGAGGGAUCGGAGCUGCGCCGAGGCGUUCGCGAAGACACACAACAUCCCUACGGUGUUCGAUUCUUAUCAGGCUAUGGCAGAGAGUGAGGGGGUUAUCGAUGUAGUCUACAUCGGCACUCUAAACCCCGACCACUAUCCCCUAGCCAAACUCUUCCUCGAGCACGGCAAGCACGUUCUCUGCGAGAAGCCCCUCUGCCUCAAUCUGAAGCAAGCCCAGUCCCUCAUCAACAUCGCCAAGAAAAACAAACGCUUCCUCAUGGAAGCUGUGUGGUCCAGGUUCGCGCCCGCGUAUCUGGAGUUGGAGAAGGAGAUUGCGUCUGGAAAGUUGGGGGAGGUGAAGAGAGUGGAGGUUAAUUUUGGAGUCCCCUUGCUGGAUGUUGCCAGGCUGAGCAAAAAAGACUUGGGCGGCAGUACAGUCCUAGACCUCGGAGUAUACGUCCUCCAAUUCGCGCAACUGGUAUUCAAGGACGAGCCGACGAAGGUCACGGUGGUCGGAGAGACUAAUGAAGACGGCGUGGACAUAGACGAGACCAUCAUCCUUGAGUACUCGGGCGGCCGGCGCGCCGUGCUGACCGCGGACGCGACCGUCAAGAUGUGGAACAAGGCCACCGUCACCGGCACCAAGGGCCGCGCUACGGUCGAAGAACCCUUCCACUUCCCUGAAACCCUGAUCCGGGCUGACGGCACAGUGGAGGUAUUCAAACUACACGACUCCAAGCUGCCUUAUAACUUCGGCAAUAGCGCGGGACUCGUCUACGAGUCGCUAGAGGUCGCGCGGUGCAUUAGAGAAGGUCUGUUGGAGUCUCCACGCAUGAGCCACAGAGAGAGCCUCGUGCUGGCCAAACUCGAAGACACCGUUCGAAAACAACUGGGAGUGCAUUACGACGCUGAUGAUCAGGAGUUUUAAGAGGAAAGGGGGACCGCUUCGCUUCUCCAUACAAACGCAGUCCCCAUUUUCCUCACUGGAUAUUGACAUUAUAGCUAACGAAGGGGUCGUUUGAAUUUCGAUUAUUUUAAUUCAUAAUUACGAAGUGACUAGGAUAAUCGCUUUCGGGAAAAAUGCGAAAAAAAAAAUUUGCUACAAGGAAUAACUGCGUUUGGGUAAUUGAUCUAACAAAUCAGCUAGUAAGUUCGAUGAAAUUUAAAUUGGAAUAUAAUUGCAUUGUUUUAUUUGUUCAAUUUUCAGACAAACUGAAAUCAACUCUAUAAUUUACAUUUUAGGUUAAAUUUUCAUUAGCAAUAUUAUGACUGGUCCUUUACAGGCACUCUUAACUCAAAAGCGUCCCUCAGCAAUAUCAACGCCACAUGUCGAGCUCUUCACAGUGCUAAUUAUAAUUAACCUACGUACUAUACAUACUUAUUAUAAAGCUCAAAUUUUCCUGAAGAUUUAGUGCAGUAUUAUGAAAAUGAAAAAGAUUUAUUGAGACAGCGGUCCCCAAACUAGGCCGGGCCUGUAUCUUGGGGACCAUAGAGAUUCCAUAAGUAAUUAACUAAUUACACGUAUGUCUUAUGUUACGUCUAUAGUUUAUAUGAAUUCACUUAGUACUAAAGAGAAUUGAUUGCAAUAGAGAGGUAAAGUCUAAGAAAAAAACGUGCCCCUUAGUUUGUCAUCCAAAACGUACGGCGCCAUAUGUUGUGCGGUCACUAAAUUGUCGAAAAGGAAGAAAAAAAAUUGUGAAACGUCCACUUUUGAUAAUCACAGUUACCGCAAAAUGUAUGGAGCUGUACAGCGCCAUCUCGUUUACCUGUCAAAUGCGAGGCAGGAAAUUGACUUAAAUUUUAUACAUCUUACUCGAUGUAUAUAAAAUGAACUAGACUAAAAUAUUAGUAUAGAACCGAAGUUAUAAAGAAUGAAGCAUUAGAUAAAUAGUUUAAUACUGAAAACUGCAUGUAUCAACUUAGGUAUAAACCUGAAUGUCAUAUUUAGUAUAUAAAAAUAUAUUUUAGUUUUUCGUUGACUUGCAUGACAUUUAUAUGUACUUCUGGUCUCCCGCGAUACAGGCCUAGCCUAGUGCGGGGACUCCUGGAAACUCUGUUGUCAAUCUAGUUAUGCACCAACUCUUAAAAACAACUGCUGUAUACUUUUUCUGUGUCCUUUCUUGUGCAAUAAACAUAUUUUUUAUCUUUUUA